AUGGAGGAGAAAGAGGAGAAGCAAAUAAGCGAUGGGAAUGCUUUUUUUGAUUUGUUUCCGCCGGGUUAUCGUUUCAAGCCUAGUGACGAUGAGCUUGUGGUACAUUACUUGAGGAAGAAGAUACUGAAUGAGCCUUUGCCGCCCAAUCGGAUGGUGGAGGUUGAGCUUUAUAAGAGAAAUCCACAGGACCUUGCAGUGCCUUUAGUUCUUGAGUUCCUUGAAAUGGAAAUGCUUUUAAUUCUUGAGCUGAAGUUUGUAUCUUUGGCAUUUGUUGUGUUUGGUUUUAAACCAGAAAAGAUUGGUUCUUUUCCUGAGAAUUACAUUCCCUAUGAAGACAACGAAUGGUAUUUCUUUACCCCAAGAGAUAGAAAGUACAAGAAUGGGGAGAGGCCUAGUCGAUCUGCCGGAGAUGGAUACUGGAGGGCUACUGCAACUGAAAGACCUGUCAAGCAUAAUGGAGUUCAAGUUGGAUGCCGGAAGGGCUUAGUCUUCUACGAGGGAAAAUUUCCCAACGGUAACAAAACUGACUGGAUUAUGCACGAAUUUACGGCGGGCAAUCUCCCUAGGAGAAAAGUGUCUGAAGUUGAAGCUGAUAUGCGGCUUGAUGACUGGGUGUUGUGUAGGCUAUAUAAUAAGGCUGACAAGUAUUCUAAAGGUCCAAGUUGUUCAAGAUACAGGCGAGUCCCGGAUCAAGAGCCUGAAAAUGAAGUUCUCCCUCAGAUUCAAGACCGCGGGAAAAUGCCAAUAGUAGAGGAAUCCAAAAUGCUGCCCCAGGAAAGCUUCUUUCCGCCCUUUGAGCAAAUGUAUAGUUCUUACAACCAGGCAAAUCCAAUGGGGUUCAAUUAUAGUGAUAAUUCUCCAUUUUUUCAUGGCUGUCAAAGCGGCCUGAUUGAAGGCUCUGAAACUUUAUACACUCAGCUUGGGCAGAAUCCGAUGAUUUACUCUAUGAUGUCUGGUUAUCAUCAGAAUCCUAAUCCAAUGUUGCCUCAAGAACUAUUUUCUUCUGCGAAUAUCAUAAAUCAGGAGCAGUUAAAUGACUAUCACUCAGAUGAUCCAGGGGCUUCAACCUCUGUCAUUUCUACGACCAAUUAUGAUAACAAGCUGAAAAAGCAUCUCUAGUAUCGUGUGAGUGAAUUCUUAGAUAGUGUUUUUAGAAGGCAGUUCAGGACUUUUCGAAUA